ACUCAAAAGCGCAAGACAAUUUACAAUCACAGUGAGCGGAGCGGUCCCUUCGUUCUUUCGGACACACUUCACUUCUCACUCUCCAUCUUCGUUCUUCACUGUAUCACCAGUAGCUCCCUCUCUCUCUCUCUCUUGAGGCUUCUGCGUCGGUGGUGACUAGGACUUGUAUUCAAUGGGUAAAUCGGGAGGCAAAUGGAUCAAGCAAGUACUCUUUGGAAAGAAAUCGUCCAAAUCUAGGUUGGUCAAGAAAACCAUGACAGAAAAAGAGCCAAUCACAGCCUUUGAUGCAUCAACUGAAGAUUUGGCUCCACAAUCUCACACUCUUCCAGAUGAAUUGCCUCUCACUGGCAAAAGGAUGGAACAAAGCUUGGAGUUAGAAAAGGGAGAUAUUCAUGACGUAGGGCAGAAUGCAGUUCCCUUAUUGGCUGGCCUGGAUAACGUGAGUUUUGAAGGAUUAAACAUGAGUGCUGCUGAGAUAAUAAGACAAGAAAAGGCUGCUUCAAAAGUGCAGGCAACUUUUAGGGGCUACUUGGCACGUCGUGCAUUUCGUGUUCUAAAGGGCAUAAUUAGACUGCAGGCGCUUAUUCGUGGACACCUAGUUAGGCGACAAGCGAUUGCUACUCUAGUCUGCAUGCGGGGCAUUGUCAAUCUCCAAAGGCUGAUUCGUGGUCGAAAGGAUACAUAUCAUGUGAAGACAUAUGGGAUAAGUACUAACUUUAAGCCAGAGAAGCUACUGAAGAAUUCUUUCAUCUGUAAGCUUCUUUCCUCUACUACUGCUAUGCCCCUGAACAUCCAUUAUGAUCCGGUUGAACCAAACUCGACUGAGAACUGGUUGGAAUGCUGGUCGUCAACCCGCUUUUGGGAACCUCUUCCACAACAAAAGAAAGCUGCUGGGUCGAGGUUUCAGAAGCACCAGAGCAGCACUACAUCUGGAGAAACUGAGCGAAACAGGACAAAGCGUGUUAGCCGAAGAGUUCCCAUUUCAAAUGGUGACAAUUAUUCAGUCAAGCCUGCAAUUGAUAUUGAGAAGCCUAACCGUGGACCGAGGAAAACUACAAAGCAUAAACCAGAACAGGUGCAAGAACAGCCUCGUAAUGAGCUUGAGAAGGUAAAAGGGAAUUUGAGAAAAGUUGCUGCAGCCAGUAAAGAGGCUCAUGAAAAUCCUGAAGCUCUGCGAGAGAAACCAAAGUUAACUCUCAUGGAUUUGACCUUCCAGUCUUUGGAUGAAGAUGACAAAGUUGUAGAAGAUGGUGCUGAACUACAUAUUGUUGAAAAUAUGGCAGUUGUUGGAGAUUCCUCACUAAUUCAGUCUGAAACUCCUCCAAAACCUGUGUCUGUGGGUGAGUCUGUCGAUGUGCUUCUUAGUGAUUGCCCUGCAGUUGAGGCCCAAUUAAUAAAUGAUGAAAAGGGUGAUGAAACUUUGGCAUUACAUGAGGGGACGACUCCGAAGGAAGAUAACACUUCCAAGUUGAGCCAGAAGACCAAGAGGAGGAUGUCUUUCCCAGUGAAACAGGAAUUCUCAGACAACGUUGCAUUGAAUACAUCUAUGUUACCCAGCUACAUGGCUGUAACUGAAUCUGCAAAGGCAAAGCUGAGAGCAAAUGGAUCAGCAAGGAUCAGUCAAGAUGGGGUUGAAAAUGGUUUUGUCAGGAGGCAUUCUCUGCCGUCUUUGAACGAUGGAAAGGUGUCCUCAAUGUCACCACGCAUGCAGAAGCAAGUCCAAGUAAAUGGAAAAGUUGGAAGCAGAACUGACAGAUCUUUGUUGUCGUCUAAAGAUAGUAAUGAAAAACCAGGAUGGAGAAGGUGACAGGACUCCUCAAAGCAUCGAAGGGAUUGGUGGGAGAUUAAAUUCCUUAUGUGUGGAGCGCUUCCUCUUUCUUUAUAUUUCCUUUCUGUCAAUGUAUAGCCAUACGGUAGGUUAUAGCAUGUCUUCUUUGUGUGUACCGAUGAUGCUGAGUUAUCUUUUGCUUUAAGGUUCUGAUAGAAGUUGAGAGUUGGAGAUCUUAAGGUUCGUGCUCAAUGGAGAACUUGUUUAAUUCUGUUUAUUUCCUUGGAGGUCCUGUACACAGUUCAUGGAACAACUGAAAGCUUAUGUAUUUGAAAACUUUCCUCUCCUUUUGUUAA